AAAAAAAACAUGACAGGUUGAACCACUUACUUGUGGAAAGUCCUUGUUGUCUCAGCCUCUAUAAAAGUAACACAUUCUCCAAGGUAAAUCAGAAAAAACACUGCAGUGACAAAGCCGAGUCAUUACUUGCUGGUUUAUUCUUGUCACUGAAGACUUUGACAAGAUGUCUCGUUGUAAUCUAUGUGUGGUUGCAGUCCUGUUUCUGGCAAUGAAUUUAUUUUGUGAACAAACAGCAGCUUCUGGCUGCUGUUAUUCCUAUUCUAUAAAGCCACUGCCCUGCGGUAAGAUAAGAGGCUACACUAUACAGACCACCAAAGAUGCCUGCAACAUUGACGCAAUUGUGUUCCAUUCAGUUGGCAGGCAUAACAUUUGCGCUAACCCUGUGGAUAAGUGGGUGAUGGACAGAAUUGAGUGUCUAAACCGCAGAGUGGACAGGAUAACUGGCAGCACAAGAAAAUGAGAGAAAAGAUGUUACUGAAAAACGGUUGCCUCUUUAUUUCAUAAAAUGUGUACGCAUUACACAUUGGAGACAGCUAUAUGUUCUUUCACAGUUUUAUUAUGAUAGAAUGUCUGUUGUAAAGAGAAAUGUUUCAAGACUGAGGAACCUCGAAUAUUCUUUUGUAAGAAACAAAAAAAAAAACAUUUAAAGUUUUAAAGCCUACUGUAUCACAGUGCAUUUUUGUAUAUGUGGUAUUUAUUGGUAAAUAGGUUUCUGUUGUCCAGUACUUAACUCCUAUGGAAUAAUGUUAUAUUUAAAAACGAGUUUUAUUGUAGAUUUUUAUGAAUAAAAAAUACAACUGUAAAUCAUAAGCCUGUUCAAUAUUUUCUUUCAUUUUAAUCAUAUUUCUAAGCUGUAUUGGAUGAAUGUCUUGUAAUGUGUGUCAGAUUCACAUAACAUAUAAAUAAAGAUAUCUGCAAUAUUGAUGCAAUUAUGUAUGUUUCUGUUACUCAAAGAUAU